AUGUGGGUUCAAUAUAUUCCUCAAAUUAUGCCUAUGGAAAAACCUAUGUUUCAUAUUCAGAAGCGCUUUGCAUAUUAUAGAUUUCAUAAGCGAGUAGGUAAAGGGUCUUGGGUUGGAUAUAUAGAAAGAUAUAAAGUUCCAAGAAGUAUAGAAAAUACACAAAGAUUAAUUUACAAUUAUGAGGCAAGUUAUUGUGAGAAGAAAUUAUCAUGCAGCUGGUUAUGGAUGUUACCAAAAAAGCUAGCUCUAUCAACGACUUCAGAUGAAGUUUUAAAUGUUUGGGUUUAUUAUCGACAUAAAAAAAAAAAAGCUUAUCAUUAUUUAAAAGUUUUAAAAAGAUUAGUAGAUGUUGGUUUUUGUUCUUCUAGUGAUUGGAGAUUUAAAUUAAUUACUUCUAGAAUUCAAAAUAAAAUAAAUACAUUUUUGAAUUUACCACGAAUAUGUUUUUAUUAUGGUAAAUUAAAAGCUACUGCUCAAUUAGAAAAUGUUACUAAAAUGUUAUAUAAUAGAUUAAAUUCAUAUAUGCCUUAUCAACUUAUAUUGAUUUUAAGAGCCUUCUCUUAUUGUCAUUUACAAGAUAUAUAUCUCUUUAAUAAAAUUAGAGAUAUACUUCAACCACAAAUACAAUCACUUCCUUUUUAUUAUUUGAUAAAAAUUGUAGAGUCCUAUUCGUCUUGUUUAAUACAUGAUUAUUUAUAUCUUAAUAAAAUUGUAGAAGAAAUUAUUUAUAGAAUGAAUAUGUGUAACCAAGAAUUUGUAAACAAUGUGAAUGACCCUAUAUCUGAGAGGAUGAAUAAUAUAAACAGGGAUAUAUUUUUAAAUAAUAAUCAUAUAGACAAUUCAGACAGCGAGAUAAACAACAAUAAUUGUAGUAAUCAAAUUGGCAUUGGUUCUAUGAAGAGUAGGAAUAUUAUGAACAGCCAUGUUGUUACUGAUAAUGAUAGAAUUAAAAAUAAAUAUGAAAAUAAUGAUAACUAUAUAGAUGACCAUAUAUAUGAUAAUACAGAUGAUGAUUCAUUUUAUAACUUACCAUCUGAUGAUGAGUUAAUAAAAUAUAAACAAGAACAAUUUAAUUAUUACCCCAAUAUAAAGAAUAUAAUAGAUGUAGGAUAUUAUUUAUCUAAUUUAAAAUUUCAAAAUUAUAUUUUUUAUGAUUAUAUAAGUAAAUAUAUAAUAUAUAUGUUAAAAGAACAGAAUUGUUUAAAUCCAUAUUUUAUAGAAAAAGUAAUAUUAUCAUUUCAUAAAAUAAAAAUUAAUGAUAUAAUUUUAUAUGAAUAUAUAUUAAAACAUAUUGAUAUAUAUUUUUAUGACUAUCCACCUAGUGUAUUAUGUAAUAUAAGUUCUUGUUUAUCAAGUGUAUUACCAUUAUAUUAUUCUUCAAUAUAUAAAAUAUUAAAAAAAAUAUUAUUAUAUAUUAAUAAAAAUAUAGAUAUAUUAGAUCUUUCAAGUUUAUCAAGUUUAUGUUAUUUCGCACAUAAAUUAAAGAUUAAUAAAAAUCUACAAAAGGAUAUAUUUUAUAAUAUAAAUAAACAAUUAAAAAGAAAUGAUAAUAAAAAUAAUAAAAGCAUUUAUGAUAUAUCAACAAUUUUUGAAAUAUUAUCUUUUCAUAAUCUUUUAGAUGAAACAUCUUUUCAAAUUUUAUGUAAACAUUUACAUCGUCAUUUAGAAAGUUUAGAACCUUAUGAAUUUAAUAAAGUUAUGAGAGCAUUAACAAAUGUUCAAAAACAUUUAAAAUUAAAUGAUGAAAAAAUUGUUAAUGCUAUAGCUAGAAAUGUCAUACAACAACAUGAACUAUUCCAUAUUAUAGAUUAUCAUCAGAUAGUCAAAAUGUUGUUACAAUCUAAUCUAGUUAAAGAUAUAUACAAACAAGAUCUAAUAAAAUAUCAUAAUAAUCUUCCUUUUUAUUCUUUUGACAAUUUAGAAAUUCAACAUGACAUAAACAAACAAGUCAAACCGAAAUCAAUAUAUAGAUAUCAAAAAGGAACCAUUUAUUUUUCAAAUAAAAAAUAUGAGCAGCCAUAUCCCUUACACCAGUCCCUCCAACAUUAA